CGGCCGUCCAACAAUACUAUUAAUACAAUAUUAUUGUCAAUAAUGGUCGGCGUUGCGCACGCUGCUACAGGGCGCACGCCCUUGUGGCCCAACAAUAAUGCUGUUCCUGAGCUGCAGACGCUGCGCGGAUACGUGGGGCGGCGCUUCUUGCUGUGGUCGCUCUUCGGUCUCUGGAUCUUUGGACUCGGGGCAUACAUCCUUAUGUGGCUGUACUCCGGCUGGUGCGUUGGUCACUGGGCUUGGACAGCGCUGCAAACCAAAAGUUGGGCGCUUGCAACACCACCGCCAAUUAGUGUGCAGGUAUAUCUAGCGUUCACGGCGCUGUACGAGAGCUACCACUACAUCACGCGCGAUUCGCUGCAUUUGUGGCCGCGCAUGAGGCGUCUGGCGCGGCACAUCCUGCUGCGCUACCCGUACUUCCGUCUGAACGUGACCAUUUUCGAGGAACGCGAGCUUGAGAAACAAAAGCAGCGGCUAAAGGACGAGCAGACCAACAACAGCGACGACGCCACAGUAGACACGGAGCAGGAUGAAAGUGAACACCUCAGUCCCGCUGCAGCUAUCAAGGCUGUUGAAGAGAACGAUAUCUCACCGUAUGUGGAGACAGGAACCAAGAACCUGUUCGCUUUCCAUCCGCAUGGAAUACUGACCUGUGGCUUCUCUUUCAACGGCGCAUAUCACAUGAGCUUCGAGCGCUCUGCGUGUCGAUGGCUGUCGGCUGAGAACCUCUUCUGGUUCCCUCUCGUCCGUGACCUUCUCAACUGGAUGGAGUACAGCAGCUGCGCGAAAGCCAACAUGCUCAAGUUCAUGCGCAGAGAUCAAAACGUCAGCAUCAUUCCUGGCGGCUUUGAAGAAGCCACACUCUACCAGAGAGGCAAACAUCGCUUGUAUCUUAAAAAGCGCUUCGGGUUCAUCAAAAUUGCAUUGCAACAUGGCUACAAUGUCCAUCCAGUAUACACUUUCGGCGAGGAAUACACGUACCACGCGUUCCCGUACCUGCAGUCGCUGCGGCUGCAAUUGAACCGACUUCAGAUUCCUGGCACAAUCUUCUUCGGAGAGGCCUCGUGCUUUUACUUGCCACGCAACGAUAUCGACCUCAUCACUGUCGUUGGCAAGUCUCUGCGAUUCCCACGAAUCGAGCACCCAUCGAAGGAAGAUGUACAAAAGUAUCAAGCGCAGUACAUAGAGGCGCUGAGGAGUCUAUUCGACAGCUACAAGGGCGUGUACGCUGUUGAUCCCAACGCCACCCUGGAGAUUUUUUAA